AUAUCUGAAAAAUUACAUUACCAUUUGAAGAUUAUAUCUGAUAAAAAUAUUAUUGGAAGUCAACUUGUACGACGAAAUGAUGAAAUAGCCUUACUUUAUGAAAAGUUGAAACUGCUUGAAGACAAGUUGAACAAAGGCCAAAUUGUUUAUAAUAGAAGACUUGAAGACAUACGCAUACUUAAAAUGGAAGUUCGCAAACUGAGAUGUACAAAUCUUUACAUGUCUAAAGGGUUGGAGACCAUGGAAGACAAAAGGCUGGUAUAUUUUAGAUAUUUCGUUGACAAAAUAUUUAGAAUUCAGCAAGAAAAUCUUUUAGUCAGAACUAGAUGUAAAGUCUUAGAAGAUGAGUUGGAAAAUCCGUUAAACAUCCAUAGGUGGAGAAAAAUCAAAGGAAGUGAUCCCAGUUUAUACGAAAUGAUAUUGAAGAUGCAGUGGCUCCAAAAGAGAUUGAUAAAGAAAACUGAGCUAGUAGUGCAAAAAGAAAAAAUAAUAAUUGAAAAGGACCUAUUAUAUGACGAACUUAAAAAAACAAUGGCCCGACAGUCAGGUCCUGAAACGCUUGAAGAGUUAGUUUUUAGCAAAAAUUGCUUAAGGAACGCCAACAAUAAAAUUAAAGUAAAUUUCAAAUUGCGUUCAUCGUUCGUAAACAUAUAG